AACCUCAUAUCACGCCACCAAUAUCCCAAAAACAGGAAAUAAAAAAGAAAAGAAAAUCAAAGAAAAAAUUUCCCGGAAAAUUUACAGAAGCGGAAGAGGAAAUGUCUGGAAGAGGAAAAGGAGGAAAGGGGCUGGGAAAGGGAGGCGCGAAGAGGCAUCGGAAGGUGCUCCGUGACAACAUCCAGGGGAUCACGAAGCCGGCGAUCCGACGGCUUGCGAGGCGUGGCGGAGUCAAGCGAAUCAGCGGUCUGAUCUACGAGGAGACUCGCGGCGUCCUCAAGAUCUUCCUCGAGAACGUCAUCCGCGACGCCGUCACCUACACCGAGCACGCUCGCCGGAAGACCGUGACCGCCAUGGACGUCGUCUAUGCUCUAAAGCGCCAGGGCCGUACUCUCUACGGCUUCGGAGGUUGAUCCUGGUUCUGAUGCUUCUCCUCUAGGGCUAGGGUUAGGGUUUGGGAUUUUCAUCUCUUUUGUUGCCGAAUUGAUGGAUGAAUUCUCUGUAUUAACAAUGAUGCCGAUGCUUGUCCCCUAGGGUUAGGGUUAGGGUUAGGGUUAGGGCUUUUCUCGCUUCUGUUGUUGCUGAAUUAAACGAUGAAUUUGUAUUAUAAACAAUGGUGUUUUGGUGUAUUUCUUUUCGUACUAGAAUUUAGGACUAUUUCUACGAAUUGGGGGAAUUUGUCGUUUGAUUUUGCAAUUAUGCAGCGAAAUUGUAUUUUUGAAGUUUAUGUAUUA